AUGAAUUUAAGACUCUUGUUGUCUGGUGUUCUCCUAAUAGGGUUCGGAUUAUCCAUUAAUUUGAAUGAGCAAUUUUAUCCACCAGACCCGCCUACAACACAUAGAGUUGUGAUGGCCAUUGAGUAUAAAUUUGAAGGUGAAAUUAAGGAAGCAGAAAUAAUUAUGGAGUUGUUUGAUUCUGUGGUACCCAGGACUGUAGAUAAUUUCGUCAAAAUUUCCAGAGGGGUGAAGGCUCGUGUUGAAGGACGGGAUCCUAACGACUUAAUAUCUAUUUCUUACAAUGGUAAUACUUUCCAUCGAGUUGUAUUUGAUUUCUUAAUCCAAGCAGGGGAUGUUAUUCCCGACAUAGGGAGUUUCUCAAUAUAUGGGAAUAGGUUUGAUGACGAAAGCUACGAGUUGAAAUGCGAUAGACCUGGGCGUGUAGCAAUGGCAAAAACUGGCUCUCUGCCAGAUCAAAAUAAUUCUCAAUUCUUUAUCGUUACCAAUGUUACUCCAGAUAGUAGUUCAUACAACAAUAGUGUUGUGUUUGGCCAGGUUACAAAAGGAUUAGAUGUGCUUAUUGAUGAGGUACAGCAUGUCGAAACGGAUGAAAAAUAUAAGCCCAUAAAUGAGGUCAAAAUUCUCUACUCGUAUGUUGAAGGGUAUUUCUUACCCACAAAGGACGAUUUGCAUGCAGAAUAUAAGAAAAAUGCGGAAUUGUUCGAAAAUGGUGACCGUCACAUAGGUGUUAAAAGAAGUACUUUGUUGGGUAAUACCAGACAGAAGUUGCAGCUCACUAAAACACAGGACUCAACCAACAGAGUGUUCUUUGGUGUGAUGGCCGUGUUAGGUCUCUUCAUGGUUUUGAAGAAAUGGAGAUAUAUUUUCCACAAAUCUAGUUCAAGUGUCGUUUCUGUCAGAACCGCAUAA